AUGGCGAUCUGUACUUAUAACGCAUGUACGCUUGCAUCGGAAGCGGCCAUCGAAGAUCUGAUGAUGCAAGCCAAGAAGAUCAAGUACGACGUCAUCGGACUGACCGAGACGAGACGACGAACAUGCGACAGUGGAGGUGUUAGUGGAGUUGGUAUCCUCGUCAACACGAGUAUGGCAAAGAACAUCGACUCUUUCGAACAACUUGCGACCCGAAUCGGACGUCUGCGGAUGAGAAGAUGUGGUCCAACAGCAGCUUUGACUAUCUUCGUUGCUUACGCUCCAACAUCAAGCUACGAUGAAGAAGAAGUCGAAGCUUUCUAUAUGGACCUGGAGAAGUUCUACCGAGAAGAUCAUGCCUUCUACAAGGUCAUAAUUGGCGAUUUCAACGCCAAAAGACGCCUGUCUCUUGAAACUCUUGAGCUGAUACGCCAGCGUGGAGCAGCACGAGCCGCAGAGAACCAAGAACUCACGUCCGAGCUCGCAAGGCUUUGCAGAGAGGCGAUAAAGGAAGACCUUAAAGAGAGAAGAGCAGAAGUGCUGACUGAAGCUGCAGAGGCGGGGAAAAGCAUCCGCUAUGCCCGUCGAGACUUUGCCAGUCGCAAGACGAGGAUUACUGCUCUCCGGAACCCGAAGGGAACAACCAUUGCAUCGAGAAGGGGGAUGGAGAAAAUCAUCUACGACUUGUGCUCUGAUCUCUUCGACAACCAUGUCCGCUUGCCUUCUUACCAUCUGAGGGAAGACGGACAUGUCAUUCCAGUGGUUCUCCCAUCCGAAAUACGACAUGCUAUCACGUCGGUAAGAAAUCGUACAGCACCCGGUCCCGACAGAAUAAGACCAGAACACUUGAAGAACCUUCCGCCAGUACUCAUCAACACCCUGGCGAGGCUCUUUACACGUUAUCUGUCGGAAUGCAAGGUUCCUCAACAGUGGAAGACCAGCAAGACCGUGUUGUUGUAUAAAAAGGGAGAUCCACAUGACAUCGGCAACUAUCGUCCAAUCUGCUUAUUGUCCGUCAUCUACAAGCUCUUUACAAGAGUGAUCCUUAAUAGGAUUGAAAAAGUCUUGGAUGAAGGACAGCCAUGCGAGCAAUCAGGGUUUCGAAAAGGAUUCAGCACUAUUGACCACAUUCACACUGUUUCGAAACUCAUCGAGAUAUCACAAGAGUACAAGAUGCCGCUCUGUCUCACCUUCAUCGACUUCAAGAAGGCCUUCGACUCAGUUGAGACGGAAGCGGUCGUGGAAGCCUUGGACAACCAACGCGUCCCUACUCAGUACAUAAAGGUACUUCGAGAGUCACGACCGGAAUUUCGCCUCGAGGGUGGCUGUGAAUUAUGGUACAAUCCCACCCAAAAUAUUCACAGCCACCCUCGAGAACGCAAUGCGAAAGUUGGAAUAGGACGACUUGGGAGUGAAGGUUGA